AUGGCUUGUUUGCCUGAGAAGAUGUCUCUUCAGAUGAUAUCAACCAUUAACAAUUCUUCCCUGAUACAGCCGGGAUUUUCUUUGCUGAAGUUUGAUGGCCAAGUUUUCUUGUUUGGACAGAAAGGCUGGCCAAAGAGGUCCUGUCCUACUGGAGUUUUCCUUCUGGCUUUCAAAAAGGAAGAGCUCAAACUAAAGCCAGCCUUCUUCUCCAAGGAUUCCUGCUACCUUCCUCCUCUACGGUACCCUGCAAUCUGUACAUUCAAAGGUGAUACAGUGCAGUCUGAGAAAUGCCAGUACAUUAUCCAUGGAGGGAAAACACCAAACAAUGAACUUUCUGAUAAACUGUAUGUCAUGAGCAUGGUCAACAAGAAUAACAAGAAGGUCACAUUUAAGUGCCUUGAGAAAGAUUUAGUUGGGGAUGUUCCUGAAGCCAGAUAUGGCCACACCAUAAACGUGGUUCACAGUCAAGAUAAAAAUAUGAUUGUUAUAAUUGGAGGAAGAUCAUACAUGGGUCUUGGACAGAGGACAACUGAAAACUGGAACAGUGUGGUCGACUGUAUGCCAUAUGUAUUCCUAGUUGACCCUGAAUUUGGAUGUUCUACUUCCUAUGCCCUCCCGGAACUUCAGAGUGGAUUCUCUUUUCAUAUCUCUCUUGCCAGAAAUGAUACCAUCUAUAUCAUAGGAGGCCAUUCCAUUGAAAAUAACACCAGACCCCCAAAUCUCUAUAAGAUAAAAAUCGACCUUCCCUUAGGUAGCCCAGCUGUGAACUGCUGUGUCUUGCCUGGUGGGAUUUCUGUGUCCAGUGCUAUCAUGACCCAGACUAAAGACCAUGAAUUUGUCAUUGUGGGAGGCUACCAUUCUGACAACCAGAAAAGAUUGAUUUGUAAUACAAUUACUCUCGAAGAUAACAAGAUAGAGAUAGUGGAAAGGGAGGCACCAGAAUGGACUGCAGAAAUCAAACACUGCAAGAUCUGGUUUGGGAGUGAUAUGGGAAAUGGACAUAUACUGUUUGGCAUUCCAGGAGACAACCGGCAGCUAAUUUCAGAAGCAAACUACUUUUACAUGUUGAGAUGUCAAGGAGAAGGUGAUCAGGACUCAGAACAGUUGGCACAAGUGUGCAGUCAGAGUUCAACAGAAGAUGCAGGAGAAUCCACUCCUUUUGAAGAUUCAGAGGAGUUCACUUUCGGCUUUGACAUGAAUGAUAUUGACACCUAUAAUGAAGAUGAUGAGGAAGAUGAGUCAGAAGGAGGCUACUGGAUCACAUGCUCUGCAGGCUGUGAUAUUGAUAUCAACACCUGGGUGCCCUUGUACUCAACAGAACUCAACAAGCCAGCCAUGAUCUACUGCUCCAGUGGAGAUGGCCACUGGGUCCAUGCACAGUGUAUGGACCUAUCUGAGAACAUGCUUAUCCACCUUUCCCAGGUAAACGUCAAGUACUUCUGCACCGAACAUGUCAGUUUGGCCAGGGGGUUGCAAACUCCCAAGGAGACCCCUCCACUGGAAAAGAAAACCAUGAAAGCAUUGCGCAGGAAAAAACCCAUGAAAAUAAUCACUCCUGCAAAGAAGUCCUUUAUUCGGAAGCUGUUUGAAUAG